AGAGCAUCCACAGUGGAAUAAGCAAAAAUGAAUAAGCAAAGUUUGCCACAUCAGAUUUUGCUUAUUCAUUUAGAGGUUGCUAAAGUUAGCAAUCUCAAGUUCCACAGUGGUUAUUUUUUGCCCAUAAUCAAAACUAUUUCCCUCCAAACUUUUUCCCUUCAAUUUUUCAUUCCAAAUUGUCCCGCCUUCCAUCCCCUCCAAUUUUUUUCCCGCAGAAUAUUCAGUCCCCUCCCUUUAUCCUUCGCUUCACGCCUACUGCCAUUUUCACCCAUUCCUUCUUCUUUCAUCCUUUCAAUGGAAAAUCACUUUUCUCAAUCCUAUGAAACUAUGGAAUCAGAAACCCAAAUGGAAUCACAAUCUGCAACCCAAAUGGAAUCAGAAAAUCAAAGGAAAACAAGGAAAACGAACUACUCUCAAUAUGAAGAUGAAGUGCUAGUAAAAUCUUGGCUACAUAUUUCUGGAGAUGCAGUGGUCGGAAGGGAUCAAAAGUCUACGAAGUUAUGGAUGCGAGUUCUAGAGAGUUUUCAUCAAAUUUUGGGUAGAAUAACAGAGAGAAAUGCUCAAGGCAUGCAAAAUAGGUGGCAAGCUAUUUCGCAUGAUGUCUCCAAGUUUUGUGGGUAUUACAACAAGAUCGGACGAUUGAAUCCAAGCGGAUGGAAUGAUCAAAUGAUACUUGAUGAGGCUAAAAAACAAUAUGGUGAAAUUGAGGGUCCAUUACAAGCAAAACCAGUGCAAUUUUGUAAGUUCAAGUUUGAGCAUUGCUGGAAGCUUUUAAAGGACAGUCCGAAGUGGAACGACCAUGUUCUCAUGCGGAACACAUCCAAGGGAUGCAAAAAACCUUCAAACCCACAAAGCCAAGUCAUUGGUUUGGAUGAUGGCACUCCACCAUCUACUUCAUCAACUCAAUGUUCGAUUCUCCUUGAUGAGUUCAAGUCACAGGAUGAUGAACACGACCAAGUCCGACCGGCUGAAGGAAGACGGAAAAUCAAAGCAAAAAGAAAGAACGAAUGGAGAGAUGAGGAGUCAACUUCGUUCUUGAAAAGCAUCAAUGAAACACUUGCACAAACUGCAAUGAUUGAGAAGGAGAAAUUGGAGGUCAAGAAGAAUUCUGAGAAGGAGAAAUGGGAGGCCAAGAAGAGAAGAAAUGAACAAAAAAUAAUGCGUGAAGAAAUGAAAGUGACGAGGAAAUCUAUGGUGGGACUCACACCCGAACAAGCAGCUUAUUGGAAGCUACAACAAUCACUCAUUGUUGAGCGCUACAAGGCAAAUGGUUUCUUGACGGAUCUCGAGACCAAUGAAAAUAAUUAUGGUUUUAACUUCUAGUUGGGGGUGGAUUUGAAUAUGUUUUUUGCUGCGCAAGUGAAGAUUAAAGCAGUAAUGUUUGGAUUAUGUUAUUUUGUUAUU